GGAACAAUUUUUCAUCUGCAAAUAUACGAAGUCAAAGAGGAUUAUAGUGUUCGUUAACAUUGUGAAAUGAUAAUAUUAAAAUUCGUGACCUCAUUACGUGAAUAGAAUCUAGAAUUCAACAUUUAUCGCAUACUUAUUUUUAAACUUAACUGUAUUCUCCACAAGCUCAAUCUGUAUAUAUUUAUAUAUACAUCAAAUGCCAGUGAACCACCUAUUUCUUCGAGAAUAGCUGAUCUGCCUAAUUUACUUUAGUCGUGUUUCUGCGUUUGAACGAUGUACUCAUUAUUUUAAAAUACAAAACCAAAAAGUGUAUAUUGUGUGCUGUUCAAUACUCUUAUUCUUAAGUGUCACCAAACAAAUUUGUGCUGUUACCUAUACUUUUGACAACGAGGAGCAAGAUGCUGACCUUACAUCUUUGCACAUGCGUAAAAAUGUCUCCCACCUGAUGACGAUGAGCCAAUGACAAAUCGAUAUGUUCGAAAUUUUCACGCGAAAGCUCGAAAGCUUUGACUAUUCCUCUCAAUAGUUAAUAGUGAAAUCUCGGCUUCGAUGCGAGACAAAUAGACGAAAAAAAAAGAGUGUGUGCAGAAAGUUUUUGUAACGUACAUUCGCAAACAGAACUCCCGUUAAAUCAUUACACAAACAUGAAGACAAUUUGGAUAAUCGGUGGACCGGGAUGCGGCAAAGGAACUCAGUGUGAACGUAUCAUCGGAAAAUAUGGAUUCUACCACAUAAGCAGCGGUGAUCUCUUGAGAGAAGAGGUUGCCAGUGGUAGUCCUAGAGGAGCUUCGCUUCAGGACUUGAUGUCUAAAGGUCUAUUUGUUCCCACGGACAUUGUGCUGGACCUUAUAAGGGAACGGAUGGAGAAGGCUAAAGCAGAAGGAUCUACGAAAACUGGAUUCCUUAUCGACGGAUACCCUCGUGAAUUGGAUCAAGGAAUCCUCUUUGAGAAAAAUGUCUGUCCGGUUGAUGCAAUAAUUUUCUUCGACGUGUCGGGUGAAACUAUGAAGACGAGGCUGUUAGGGCGUGCAGCUGUCUCACAAAGGGCCGAUGAUAACGAGGAAACAAUCAAGAAGAGAAUCGAAAUAUUUAGCGUUAAAAACGGGGAAAUUGUAGAACAUUAUAAAGAUAAAGUUAUUAAAAUCAAUGCCGAAGGCGCCAUUGAUGAUAUAUUCGGUCAGGUGACGAAAGCACUUGAUCCUUUGGUAGCUUAAAUUCUAACAGAGUUUUAUGUAAUACAUUAAUUCAAAUUGAUUUUCAAUAGCUUUAUUCUUGCGAUUUCGAGCACAAGCUAUACAUUCAUCUGUAUUAUAAAUGAUAUUUCUAAAUUUCUAGGAAAGUUAUAUAGCGACGUUAAUUUGUUAAAUGACUUAAUUUGACGUAAAUUACAAACAAAUCUGAAGUACCUGUUUCCAUAAUAAUAAUAUAGAUACAAUACUUAUGUAUAAAAUGGUUUAAUACACUGUUGAAUGCACCUGUUACUAUAAUGAUAUUGUUACAUUGCUCAUUUUAGUGACUGACUAAGUAUCAAUUAAAAUCUAUAUUCUACACA